AUGGGUCAUUGCUUUUCAUUGCCGUCUUCAUCAUCGGAGAUUCACGAGGAGAAUGAGUACGGUGAUGGUAAUGCGGUGGUUUGUUAUGGAGAAGAGUUCGGUUUAGAUCACGACCUUCCGGUUCACCGCCUCGGUUCGGUUUGCUCUAUACAAGGAAGCAAAAUGAUUAACCAAGAUAAUGCUAUUCUUUACCUGAGAUAUGGAACAGGGGAUGCAGAGUUAUGUGGAGUGUUUGAUGGGCACGGCAAAAAUGGACACAUGGUGAGCAAAACGGUGAGGAAUAGGCUGCCAUCGCUUAUGUCAACACUCAAGAAGGAGCUAAACCAAGAAUCUCAUGUUGGUGAAGAAGACGAAGCUCAUAAGUGGGAGCAAGCUUGUCUUGCUGCCUUUAGACUCAUUGACAGAGAGCUUCUUCUUCAAGUAUUUAAUUGCUCUUUCAGUGGCUCCACUGCUGUUGUUGCCGUUACUCAGGGAGAUGAUCUCAUCAUAGCGAACCUCGGUGAUUCAAGAGCGGUAUUGGGGACAAUGACCGAAGAUGGUGAGAUCAGCGCAGUUCAGUUAACGUCAGAUCUAACACCUGCUGUUCCUAGUGAAGCAGAGAGGAUCAGGAUGUGCAAAGGUCGUGUUCUCGCAAUGAAAACAGAACCGUGCAGCCAAAGGGUAUGGCUACCACACCAUGACAUACCAGGAUUAGCAAUGUCAAGAGCUUUUGGAGAUUUCAGGCUCAAAGACCACGGUGUUAUUGCCGUUCCAGAGGUCUCUCACCACCGAAUAACUUCUAAAGACCAGUUCAUUGUACUCGCAACGGACGGGGUUUGGGAUAUGCUUACCAAUGAUGAAGUUGUAUCGCUAAUAUGGAGUUCCGGAAAAAAGGAAGCUACGGCCGCUAAAUUGGUGGCGGAGGCGGCCGAAGCUACAUGGAAGAAGAAGCUUAAAUCUACGAAGAUUGAUGAUAUUACAGUGAUAUGUCUUUUCUUGCAUAACAAGGAACAACCAAGUUGUGCUACAUUAUGA